AUCAACCGAUCGAUGUUUUUGUAAGGUUAGCGCGUCUCUUAUCCGAGACAAAUUAUAAAUUAUAAUUUACCUCAAGAUGAAUUCAAACGCGAUAAAAAUGGCGUCCAGAAUGUUUUGUUCGGCCCCUAAAGUGAUCCCUCGUGUUUGCAUCGUCGGGGCAGGCCCGGCGGGCUUCUACGCGGCGAUGCAUCUCUCCAAACACUUGGACAAUGUCAACAUUGAUAUUCUUGAAAAACUUCCGGUGCCUUUUGGAUUGAUAAGAUACGGAGUAGCACCUGAUCACCCAGAAGUUAAAAAUGUGAUAAACCAAUUCACAAAGGUAGCACAACAAAAUAAUGUGAAUUUCUAUGGGAACAUUGCCCUAGGUCAGGAUAUUACAUUAUCGCAACUUCGUCAACAUUACGACGCUGUGCUACUUACAUAUGGCGCUGAAGAAGACCGAAUACUUGGCAUUGACAAUGAAGAUGGUGAAAAUAUAAUUGCAGCAAGAAACUUUGUGGGUUGGUACAAUGGGUUGCCCAGUGAUAAAGACUUAAAAGUUGACUUAUCUGGAUCCACAGCAGCUAUACUUGGCCAAGGCAAUGUGGCCUUAGAUAUAGCUAGAAUACUUUUAACACCACUUGAUAAAUUAAAGACAACAGAUAUUACAGAGCAUGCUCUUGAAACUUUAGCAGAGUCUAAAAUAAAAGAAUUGUAUCUGGUUGGCAGACGUGGACCUUUACAGGUUGCAUUUACUAUAAAGGAAUUAAGAGAACAACUCAAACUAGAUAAUUGUAAAACAAUUUGGAGAAAGGAAGAUUUUGCUGGAGUAGCAGAUGUAGUUGCUAACCUACCUCGUCCUAGAAAAAGAUUGACAGAAUUGAUGCUCAAAGCCUUAAAUGAAAACCAAACUGUUGAUAACAAUAAUAAUGUUAAAUAUUUGAAGCCUAUAUUUUUUAGAAGUCCAGAAAAAUUUUUACUGAAUGAUCAAAAGAAACUCACUGGAAUUCAAUUUGUUUGCAACGAAUUAGUUGGAGACAAAAUAGAAGAGCAGAAAUGUGUACCUACAAGUGAAAAAGAAAUUAUAGAGUGCAGUUUAGCAUUUAGAAGUAUUGGGUACAAGAGUGUCAAAGUAGACAGUGAUUUAACAUUCAGUGCAAGUGGUUAUGUGCCUAAUAACAGAGGUAGGGUUGAUGAUCAACUUGUAAACAAAGCCAAGUUGUAUGUGGCUGGAUGGCUUGGCACGGGACCAGUUGGUGUUAUUCUACAUACUAUGGGGAAUGCUUUUCAAGUGGCAAAAGUAAUGUGUGAAGAUCUAAAAAGCGACUGUAUAGCUAAUAAAGGAGGUUUUGAGGAAGUUAAAAAAUCAUUAAACACUCCUGUUGUGGACUGGAAGGGUUGGGAGAAGAUAGACCAAUAUGAGACUGAACAAGGCAAGAAAAAGGGCAAGCCUAGAGAAAAAAUAUGCACUGUAGAAAAAAUGAUUGAAAUUGCGAAUAUAUGAAAUUUGCAUUAGAUCUUCUAGAUAUAGUUGCUAUAAUUAAGUUUUAAACCUAGUUAAGUUUCAAGACACUAUUUUGUACCUUUUUAGACUUUGCAUUUGGUAUAUUAUGUUUUCAUAAAGGAAUAUUUUUUUUA